UUCGAUGGCUGAAAGGAGCUUCUGUAUAUAUAUUUCUGGCCCCCCCCUCCUUCCGCCUUCCACUGUCCCACCAACUCGGGGUUCGUCAGAGCUCAAAGUCUCCAAGUGUCUACGACUAUAGAUAGACCGUCACGUCACGUCUGCUCCCAACCUUCAACAACCACCUCCAGCUCCAGCACCCCCCCCCCCCAUCCACGUCUAGUCGACCAAACCUGUCUUGUCUAGCCAGCACAGCAACUCUCGUCAGGCGGAUCCAAGGCCAUGUACACCAUGUCUCAACCCCAGUACGCGUACGCACCUACCCCGGCCCCGAGGCCGUACUCGGGACACGGCACCAGCAGCGCUUUCUCCAGCUCGGCCAACCCUGAUGAGGAUUGGACCAAGAUCUCCGACCUGGCUGAGCGCCGGCGGAUCCAGAACCGCAUUGCCCAGCGUAACUACCGCAAGAAGCUGAAGAGACGUCUGGAGGACCUCGAGAGGCGCGCUGGCACCUCGGACGAGGUGUCCCCCGCCAGCGGAACCCAGAAGCUAUCGCAGUCGGGCAACCGGGGCACCAAGAAGGCGGCGUCGCCCAAGGGCCACAAGUCGUCCGCGGCGCCGCAGAAGACGGUCCAGCCGCCUCCCUACACGCCGCCGAUGAACCACGAGGAUGAGCUCAUGUUCGGCCACGCGUACGACGAGCGCGAUCGAUCCCGCACGCCGCCGUACAUGACCUACACCUACCCGCCUCCCGAAGAGAUGAUCCUGCCUCACUACAACUCGGUGGCGCCUUACCAUCACCCCAUCACCACGGCCGAGACCUACCCGAGCUACAUGACCCCGACGGUGCCUUGCACGCUGCCGUCGAUGACGCACUUCAACGACGCGAUCAAGAGGGAGACGUACCCGGCCGAGGAGCCCAUGUCGCCCUACAUGAACUACAACUUUGUACCCGCGGUCGAUGUGAACAGCACACACUCGUACGACCACUCGAACCCUCAUACUCCACCGUUGUCGCAUUCCUACGACCACUCGGCGAACUGCUCGGACUCUGGCUACGACUACCCGACGACGCCGUUGUCGAUGCCGCCAGAGUCCCCCGUGGGCCAUCACCACAACUAGUUUUCCUAACACGGCUAGGAGGCGCGCGGCGGGAAGAGUGAGACAAAAAAAACAAAAAGGCAUACACGGAUUGGGGGGAAAGGGGGGGAGGGACUGGCAAGGGAUGACGUAUGAAUAUCUGGGACGUUUUCCUUUUUCUGUUUAUCGGC